AUGUGUCAUGCCAGUAAUCAAAUACAAAUGGCAGUUAACAAUAUGCCUUUUGUAUAUCGGUUGUCAUCGGGUGGUAUUCUACCUUUGUAUUUAUUUCGUCGAGCUUUACAACUCAUCGUUAUAAAACAUGAGUCAUUGCGUACAGCCUUGGUUUUCGACACCAAUGAAAAGAUUUUAAUGCAACAAAUUAUCGAUGUGUCUGAUGAUCAGGAACAAUUGUUUGCCAUCACAGAAAGUAUUUUUCAAACAGAAGAAGAAUACAAUCAUAUCUUGAAUGACGAACGAAAUAAUGUAAAUCAUUUCGAUCUUGUUCAAGGUCGUGUAUUUCGUUGUCACGUUGUCUACCACAACAAAAUUACUCAUGAUGGGCAUAUUACUAAUCAGGACACAAUUAUUUUUAAUUUUCAUCGUGCUGUCUUUGAUUUGUUUUCGAUAAAUUUAUUUCAGCGUGAGUUCGAACAGGCUUAUGUAACAGGUGAACUUAUAUCGAAUGAUUCUACAACUGUACGUUACAUCGAUUAUGCUGUUUCUGAACGGCAAAUGUCAAUGAAUGCUGCUAGUCAAUUUUGGAUUGAUGCACUUCAAGAUUGUGAAAUCGAUCGACAAUUAUCUUUACCUUUUGAUCACCGUCGAAUUUCUACUGAUAAGCGAACUAAACAAAUCGCUUCUGCUUCAUUUGAAUUUGGUGAUCAUCUUUCUCAUGACUUUUUAGCUUAUGCUAGAGAAAAAGAAAUCACUCCAAAACAUCUAGGCCUUGCUUUAAAUUUUCUCUUCUUGUUCGGCUUGACAAAUGGUGAACGAGACUUAUGCAUUGGAAUGGAAACUGAUGUUCGUUAUAAAUCGGAACUUAAAUCUAUCAUUGGUACGUUUGUUAACAGAAUUCCAUUACGAUGUCGAUUCGAUCCUAAUUGGUCAUUCGUUCAACUCGUUGAAUAUGUUCAUGAAAUAGCGACAGUUAGCGCUGAAUACUCUUACUAUCCGCUUGAACGCAUCCUUGCUCAAUACUCUCAAGGAUUACAAGCAGCAUUUCUCGACAUCUCUUUUGAAUUUGACUCGCUCAUGUCUGAAAGUGAAAGCAAUCAAAUAGUAGUUGACGACCUACGCAUUACUAUGUUACCGUAUGGUGCAGCUACCAAUACAGGUAGAUUGCCGAAUGACAUUGACUUUACUUUGAAAAUACAACAUGACAGGAUCACUAAUAAAUUAUCAUGUUCGACUGAUGGAUCACUUGAUUUAUUCGAUACAGUGACUAUUACAAAAAUUUCUCAGCGAUUUCAUUUAUUGAUACAACAAUUGUUUCAGUCUCAAAUCAAUUAUUCUAACAAACCACUUUACGAAUUAUCGUUAAUACUUCCAGACGAGCAUUUAUUAAUUAAAUCGUUGAGUAACAAUCAAAUUUGCUCUUCUCCUGAUUGGUGUGUCCACCAUCAGAUUAGUCAUUGUGCAAGCAAUCAUCCACAAAAAGUAGCUGUUGAAUUAGAUGAACAGUCUUUGACAUACAGUGAACUACUUUAUUAUUCUCAAUGGCUUGCUCUCAAAUUGUUGACAGAGUUUCAUGUAAAACCUGGUGAUGUCAUUUGUCAAUGUGUUGAACGUAGUUUGUCUAUGGUCAUUGGUAUUUUGUCUAUUGUAACGACAGGUGGUGCCUAUUGUCCAUUGUCGUCGUUAGAUCCCACACAACGUCGACAAACACUUGUCAAUCAAACACAUAGCCAUUUAGUUCUUGUUCAUUCUAAUACGCAUGCUAACGUUGGAGUCAACGUAGCCACAUUAGAUAUUGAUGCAGUUAUAAACUCCGAUGAAGUGUUUGCUGGUAUAAAAUUGAAUUCACUUUUAAAUGUAUCUGUAGCACCAGAAAAUAUUGCAUUCGUAAUUUUUACGAGUGGCUCAACUGGAGUUCCAAAAGCGGCUCAGUUGCGUCAUCGAAACUUUACUGAAUUUAUCUGCUCAUUUGUUCAUGCUGGCAUAAUCUCGAAACUCGACACAAUUAUACAAAUGGCUCGUUGUACUUUUGAUAAUCACCUUUUGAGUCUUGUUGGAACAUUAGUUGCAGGAGGUACUCUAGUGAUGCUUCGACCUGAAGGCAACAUGGAUUUUGAAUAUCUUGCUGGAGUACUUGAUAAAAAACAAGUCACGGUUAUGCAUAGUGUUCCAUCUUUACUUCGUGGAAUAUUUACUUUUCUCAAAGAAAAUAAUCUUAAAUCAUCAGCGAAAUGGCUACGAUGUCUAUGUAGUGGUGGAGAAACUCUUAGCUUCAAGACAGCUAGUCUCAUGAAAAGCCAGGUUAAAGAAACAUGUUGGGUUCGAAAUCAAUACGGUCCAGCGGAAUUAACCAUAAAUUGUGCGUCGAAUUUGAUUCGCUUGAGUGAAGAUCAAUCGAACAUUCCAAUCGGUCGGCUCCUUCCCAAUUUUUACUGCCUCAUUUUGGAUGAAUACUUGCAGCCUAUUUGCAUAGGACAUGAAGGUGAACUACUCGUCGGAGGAGUUGGCGUUUUUGCUGGGUACUUCGGUCGUGAGGACUUAACAUCGAGAGCAUUGAUCAACAUAGAUGGUAAAAUGGUUUAUAGAACAGGUGAUCUUGCUCGAAUAGACAGACAUGGAUUGAUUCACUACAUAAGUCGAAAAGAUCAUCAAGUAAAGUUGCAUGGGCAGCGCAUUGAAUUAGGCGAAAUUGAAAGGUGUUUGCUAGGAACUGCGAUUGCUGCAUGUGUUGUUACCAAAUGGGGAGAUGAUCACUUGAUCGCUUAUGUUCAAAGUUCUAAAGUGAGCGCAAAACAGUUACGUGAACAUUGUCAAUAUCAUUUGCCACCAUUCAUGGUUCCAUCAUUGUUCAUCGUACUCGAAAAGUUUCCAUUGAAUGUUAAUGGUAAAGUAGAUCGGAAGUGUCUGCCUCCACCUGAUUUCACACUGCUAUUAUCAUCGGCAUCAAUAACAAGUGAACAAGAUCACAAUAAUCCGAGCAAUGAAUAUGAAUUAAGUAUACACUCACUUUGGUGCGAACUGUUACAUCGCCCUUCCAUUUCCAAAGUCGAAAGUAUCUUCAGUAUUGGUGGACAUUCUCUUCUUCUAAUACAACUUUAUCAACGUUACAAGACAAUAUUCGGUUUUAAUACUCAUAUUCUUAAUAUAGCUAAAUUCUUCCAAUAUCCUACGAUUGUUGAGCAUGCUCGUUUGAUCAGUAAAUCAAUCGACAAGGAUAAUGAUAGCGAAAUGUCUUGGCAUUCAUUACAUCUAGUCGAAGCUCCCUUAUCGUUUGCUCAAGAACGCAUCAUGUUCGACGAACAUCUUCGUUUCUCUACGAAGCGCAAUACUAUGUAUACAAUAUUAAUGGCAUACCGUAUUCAAAAUGUUGGUAGCACUAUUUCAAUCGCACGAUUUCAUCGAGCACUUAAAGCAAUGCUGAUCAAACAUAAAGUUUUACGUACAGUAAUAUCAUCGGAUAUGACUGGAACUUUCAAACAAUCUGUAAUUGAUAUGACUGACUACCACGAUGAUCACCGUAUUUAUGGAGUUACUACACUGAAUAUGAGCGAUGAUGAGAACAUCAAAAGUCUUUAUGAUAGAAUUGAUCAUUCAGAAAUGUUUGAUUUGGCAAAAGGUCGUGUUUUACACUGUUAUAUUCUCCGGAAUCAUCGUAAUUUGUCACUUAAUACAGAUCUGUUGACUGAUGGUGAUGCUUUUAUACUUGCUGUUCAUCAUUCCAUAUUUGAUGGUUUCUCAACGCCAAAUUUUCUUAUUGACUUGUGUCUUGCCUAUGACACUGAUGCACCCUCACCUAUUGACAACGAUACAUUACAAUAUAUUGACUAUUCUGUUCAUGAACGACUUAUCAGCAUGGAAAAAUUGCGCGACUUUUGGCAUUUACAACUGAAUGGAUACGAUUUGGCACGACCUUUACCAUUACCAUUUGAUCGCCAUCGGGCAGCAGGUGAUGAACGAUCGGGCUUGUCUUGUAUUGCUGAGUUUUCAUUUGGUGAAGAUUUAUCGCGAGCUUUUCUUGAUUAUGCUUCUUCACGCCACGUGACAUCGUUUCAGUUAGGCCUUGCCAGUUUUUAUGCUUUUCUGUUCAAAUUGUGUAACAAUGAAAGCGAUUUGUGCGUUGCCGGCAUAAGCGCAAACCGAUAUCGACUGGAAUUAAGAGAUCUUAUCGGUAUGUUCGUCACUACUCUACCUUAUCGCAUUCAAAUCAAUUCAAACGGUUCUUUUGAUAAACUUGUCGAACAAGUUUCCAAUUGUUGCCUAUCGGUUCUUGAACAUUCUCAAUAUCCUCUACAACAUAUAAUUGUUGAUUCGCAUAAUCAAAAAUCAAGUGCUGCAUUCCUUGAGACUGUAUUCGACUACAUCACAAUUUCUCCGAAGAUUAAUCAACUGUCUCUCGGUAAAACACAAAUUCAACGAAUGGUAGCUCUACAAGCAGAUACUGUUGCUAAAUUCGAUUUUUUGUGUACAUUUGUUGAGAACCCUUCUGCAACAGAUAAUAUUAUGUCCUGUUCGUUCGUAUGCUCACAAGAUUUAUUUGAUCAGACCAAAGUAGAAACAAUAGCUAGGCGCUUUCAACAACUUCUUACGCAGAUAUUUUCCUCCAAAUCAAUGUUUGACCGAACUGUGGAACCAAUCUAUAAUCUAUCUGUUAUACUACCUGAAGAAUUGGAAGAAAUGCAACGCAUGGUUUUUCAUCGUGUUUUGAAUGUUACCCAUGAAGCACCUGCCUCCUAUGCUCAAGCUCGUAUUUGGCUCGAUGAACGAAUUCGUUUCGAUUCUGAGAAGUCAAAAGUAGCUAUAUACAAUCUGCCUUUUCUCCAUCGAGUUGCAUCAGGAGAUACUCUGUCGAUUACAAAGCUUCGUAAAGCUCUACAACUUGUAGUAAUGAAACAUGUCAUACUUCGUACAUCACUCUAUUUUGAUACUGAUAAAAAUAUAUUGAUGCAACGCAUUAUGGAUCCGAAUGACAGCGAAGAAUUUUUCUCAUUCAUCGAAAGUACCUUCGAAACCGAUGAAGAUCUCAACACAAUUAUGCACAAUGAACGUGGCAAUCCACAUAAUUUUAAUCUAUCAAACGGGCUCGUCUGUCGAUGUCAUGUUGUCUAUCACAAAUCAAUUUCUAAAAAAAGGAUUUUAUGUGCAAAAGAUGCACUUAUUUUCAACUUUCAUCAUGCUUCAUUUGACUUUCCAUCAAUGGCCGUUUUCCGACGUGACCUAGACCAAGCGUACACCACAGGUCAUUUGACAAGUGACGAUGACACAAAUUUACGUUAUCUUGAUUAUGCAAUUACUGAGCAGCAAAUGUCUAUGGUAGCUGCUAGUGCUUUUUGGCGUGAUGUACUUCAUGACUGUGAACUCGAUCGACCUUUGCCUUUACCGUUUGAUCGACUUCGUGUUUCAGAUGAAUCUCGUACAGGCCGUGGAGCAUCGGUCACUUUUCAGUUUGGUCAAAAUCUUUCACAAGCAUUCAUUACCUAUGCUUCAACACAUGAUUUAAAACUUGAGCAUUUAGCACUUGCAGUGUAUUACAUCUUUCUAUUCAAGUUAACAAAUGGUGAAACAGACAUAUGUUUAGUCAUGAACACUCAUGGUCGCUACAAACCUGAGUUAAUGGCAGUUAUUGGAAUGUUUGUUAAUGCAAUUCCAAUGAGAUGUAGAUUUGAUCCGAAUUAUUCUUUUUCUCAAUUUGUACAACACGUGCAAACAGUGAUGAUGAACAACUUCGAACAUUCUUAUUUUCCUCUUCAACAUAUUCUUGCUCAACAUCCACUUGUCUCUCGUCCAGCAUUUCUAGACACAUUUUUUGGAUUCGUCUCUUUUCCAGACGUAAAUAGUCGCAGCACAGUGUCAAUUGGAGGUGUUAAAAUUGUAACCAUGCCUUAUUCAAUCAGAGUCAGCACACAUGAGAUUGCAAGCAAAUAUGACUUUUCGUUAAAUAUACAUCAUGAUUCCGCGACUAAUGAUCUGUCAUACGCAAUCGAAGCAUCCCUUGACUUAUUCACCGCAUCGACAGUAAAUACUAUCGGAAAACGAUUUCAUGCAAUGCUUGAACAACUUUUUGAAUCGAACAUGACUCAUCGAGUACCACAAUCGAUCUACGGAUUGUCGAUAAUCUUACCUGAUGACACAACACUUAUUGAAUCUAUCAAAAACACACAAUUAGUAUUUCCUCCUCCUCAAUGUAUGCAUCACAAUUUUAUGCAUCGAGUCAUUGAAGACCCACAGAAGUUGGCAGUUGAACUUGAUGGACAGUCUCUCACCUAUAGUGAACUAUUAUUCUAUACACAGCGAUUAGCUCUUCAUCUGUUGACUAGAAGCAAUUUCAGAUCUGGUGACAUCGUUUGUCAAUGUAUGGAGCGUAGUAUUUCAAUGGUUAUGGGUAUCUUAUCCAUUUUAAUGGCCGGUGGUUUAUAUUGUCCACUAUCUCCUCGAGAUUCUGGUCAACAUCUUGAAUCCCUUAUUUCACAAACUCACAGUAGUUUGAUUCUAGUGGACUUGUUGACAAAAGAUAAGUUUAAACAUAAUGAUAAAGCCCUCAGCAUUGAUCUAGCAAUCAAUAACAAUGAACAUAUCAAUGAACAUCAUCUUGAUCAACUGUCAAAUGUCAAAGUAACGCCAGAAAGUGUCGCUUAUGUGAUCUUUACUAGUGGUUCAACAGGCACACCGAAAGCGGCUCAAGUGCGACAUAAAAAUUUCACCGGCUGCAUUCGAUCUCUCGUUCACAUUGGCGUAUUUGAUAAGGCAGAUACUAUUGUUCAGAUGGCUCGUUGUUCAUUUGAUAUUCAUAUGCAAGACAUUAUGGGCACAUUAGUUGUCGGUGCAUCACUAGUCAUGCUCCGUCCAAGAGGAAAUAUGGAUUUCGAAUAUUUAGCAGCAGUCAUCAAGAAUAAAAAAAUCACAUUGAUGCAUGCUGUACCAAGUCUUUUGAGUAGUUUUUCAAAUUUUCUAGAAGAGCGCAAUUGUCGUUCCGUUAUGGACACUGUGCACACAUUGUGUAGUAGUGGAGAAGCUUUGACUGUUCGAGUAGCUCGCAUGCUAAAUUCUACUAUGCCAUCGACAUGCAAAAUUUGGGAUUUGUAUGGUCCAGCCGAGUGCACACUGAUAUCAACAUAUCAUUGUGUCGAUACAACAUUAGACAUUGUAAAUAUUCCUAUCGGUCGACCACUUCCAAACUAUCAAUGUCUGAUUAUCGAUGAUUUCUCACAAUUAGUUUAUGCUGGUCAAAAUGGUGAAUUACUUGUUGGUGGUGUUGGUGUCUUCGAUAGUUAUUUGAAUCGUGAUGAUUUAACGGCAAAAGCAUUAGUGAUAAUUGACGAAAACAUAUUUUAUCGAACAGGAGAUCUUGUUCGAAUAAAUAGUCAUGGCCUGAUAGAUUAUCUUGGUCGAAAAGAUCAUCAAGUAAAAGUUCGUGGGCAACGUAUUGAGUUAAGCGAAAUUGAGCACUGUUUGCUUGAUACUUCCAUAUCUGCAUGUGUCGUCAUAAAAUGGUCCGAUGAGCAUUUAAUUGCUUAUGUUCAAGGCUACAAUAUCGAUCAGGAAAAAUUACGUGAGCAUUGCCGCUCUCAUCUUGCUUCAUUCAUGGUACCAUCAAUGUUCAUUGCACUAGAACAAUUUCCAUUAAAUGCAAAUGGUAAAUUACAUCGACAACGUCUACCCAAACCGAACUUUUCUUCGUUAACUAAAGUAAUAGAAGAAGCACUUAUUGUUCCGUGUUCACCGAUCGAAGAAAGAGUUCUUUCUGUAUGGUGUGAAAUUCUUCAUUGUGACCAUGGUAAAAUUUCAACUGCGUCAAACUUCUUCAGUAUUGGCGGUCAUUCGCUAUUGUUCAUUCAACUUUAUCACCGGUAUCAAUCAUUAUUUUGUUUUAGCAAUGAAUUACUUCCAAUUACGAUGUUUCUUAACCAGACAACGAUCAGUGAACAUGCAAAGUUACUUGAGUCAGUCAAAAAUAUUGACAAGGAUGGAACAAUAUGGCAGUCACUCCAUUUAAUUGACGGUAUCGCAUCUUUCGCACAAGAACGAAUCUAUCUUGACGAACAAGUACGAUUCAACGAUGGUGUAUCAGUAUACAAUGAGUUGACAGCUUUAAGACUGAAAAGUGGUUCCCUAUCUAAAGCUCGUCUUCAACGAGCUAUUCGAUCGGUAUUAAAAAGACACCAGGUGCUUCGUACUCGACUUAUUCUCGAUACUGAUCAAGGCACACUAACACAAUACGUCACUUGCAAUCAUUCAAUGUUUAAAUUUGAUAUUGUAAACACAUUCAAAAGCGAUACUGAGCUGGAUUCGAUAUUGUUCCAAGUAAAGAACAAUCCUAAUCUUUUUGACUUGUCCAAUGGGCACGUCUUUCAUUGUCAAGUUGUUUGCCAGAACUCGAAUGACCGAUUUACUUAUGAUGAUCUUAUCGGUGAAUCAGAUGUGCUAGUAUUUGCUUUUCAUCAUGCAGCAUUUGACCGAACUUCUCGUCAAAUUUUCUUUAAUGACUUGAAUAGUGUAUAUGAAGAAGAUAAGCCUUUUCCAGACAAUGAAGACGCAUUUCAAUAUAUUGACUAUGCUGUACAUGAGCGUCAUAUGGACAUGACAUCGGCUAAUAAGUUUUGGCAUUCACAACUUGAUGGAUUUAAUACGGAGCGUCAGCUAGCAUUUUCAAUGGACCGAUAUCGCUUGACUAACGACGACCGGUCUGGUUUUACCGUUAUUAAUCAAUUUCCCUUGGAUGAUCAAUUAUCUCAAUCGUUUAUUAAUUAUGCUUCUGUACAUGAAGUUACGCCAUUUCAACUUGGCCUUGCUUUGUUUUAUGCAUUCACGUUCAAACUAGCGAAUGGACUAGCUGACUUGUGUGUUGCUUGUACUAGUGCUAAUCGAUACAGAUCAGAACUGCAAAAUUUGAUAGGCAUGUUUGUUGCUACUCUUCCAUAUCGUAUAGAAGUCGAUUCGAAUGGCUCUUUCGAUCAACUUGUUCAACAAGUUCGAGAGCAGUGUUUUUCAGUUAUUGAACACUCGCAUUACCCUCUUCAAAAUAUUCUCGCUGAUUUACAUCAUCUACAAUCGACAGCUAACUUUCUUGAAAUUGCAUACGACUUUGUUACUCUUGCUCGAGAUGAUGAAAAUUUAGAAUGCUGCGGCUCAAAUUUUCAAAUUGUCUCAUCUCAACAAAUGGAUGAUGUAGCUAAGUUCGACUGGUUAUUAACAUUUGUUCACGAUCAAUCAGCAGUUCACAAUCCAAUAUCGGUUGCCUUGAUUUGCUCGAGAGAUCUUUUUGAUCAGAAUACUGUAAAUACAUUAGGUGCUCGAUUUAUGUUACUAAUACAGGAUAUAUUUGGUUCUAAUCCUUCUUUUGAUACCAGACAACCACUCUAUCAGCUUUCAAUCAUUUUACCAAAUGAAUUCUUAGUAAUCGAUCAACUGAUGUACAAAGACAAGACACAAAAAACAACAGCAGACAAUAUUGUUGGGGAUUUAUUUUGUCAAGAAGCUGAAAAAUAUGCGCAAAAAAUUGCCGUUGCUCUCGAUGAGCAAUCCAUAACAUACAAUGAAUUACUUUUCUAUGUUCAACAGCUCGCUGCUCAGUUGAUCAAUGAAUACGACGUUCAACCAGGCGAAAUUAUUUGUCAAUGCAUGGAAAGAACGUUAUCGAUAGUCAUUGGCUUAAUGUCAAUUCAAAUAACUGGUGCUGUAUACUGUCCACUAUCACCACAAGAUCCACAGAAACGUCUAGGAAAUCUUAUUGAACAAACACGAACUCGUUUCAUUCUCAUUCAUUCAAUGACAAAUAAUGUAUUUGACAAGAGUAAUCUUACAUUUGAUAUUGAUACAAUUGUGAGCGCUGAUGCAACAGUCAGUGAUGACGAUCUUCGUCGACUUUCGCAAAUAUCAGUGACUCCAGAUAGUAUAUCAUACGUUGUUUUUACAAGUGGCUCAACUGGAACACCAAAAGCGGUUCAAGUUCGGCAUCGGAAUGUAACGAAUUAUACUCAAUCUAUCGUUGAAAUUGGUGCAUUCAAUAAUAAUGAUAACGUCGCACAAAUGGCUGGUUGUUCAUUCGAUAUGCAUAUUCAGGACAUUAUCAGUACGUUAAUUAGUGGUGGCAGUUUGAUCAUGCUACAUCCUCAAGGAAACACAGAUUUGGCAUAUUUCGUUGAUCAACUCAUGGAAAAAGAGGUCACUUUCAUGGAUUCUGUACCAAGUUAUCUCGGUACGCUGAGCCAAUAUCUCGAAACUCAAAGAGGUGGUCAAUGUUUGGAAAAAUUACGAUCCGUAUGCAGCGGAGGUGAAAACCUGACUACUCAGAUUAUAACUCAUUUAAAGAAAUAUGUAGCUCCUUCGUCAUCAUCAUCGCCCGGGUGUCAGUUAUGGAAUUUAUACGGACCAGCAGAAGCGACCAUUGGUUCGACAUAUUUUUGUAUAGAUUUUGAUUUUAGUGAAAAAGUGAUCCCGAUCGGACGACCACUACCCAAUUAUGAAUGUUUGAUUCUGGAUGAAUUUUCACAAAAAGUUAUCCUCGGCCAAGAAGGCGAACUAUUCAUUGGUGGUGUGGGCAUUUUUUCUGGCUAUCUCGGCCGUGCUGAUCUGACGGCAAAAAUGCUUCUCGAAAUUGAUAACAAAGUUUUUUAUCGUACUGGUGAUCUUAUCCGAUAUGAUCAACAUGGGCUUCUGUAUUAUAUUAGUCGAAAAGAUUAUCAAGUUAAACUACGAGGACAACGAAUUGAACUAUCAGAAAUCGAGCGAUGUGUUUUUAGUGCAUCUGCAUUCGUAAAGGGUUGUACCGUCAUUAAAUGGCUCGAUGAGCAUUUGAUUGCGUAUGUUCAAUGUAAUGAUAUCGACGAGGGACUACUACGCAAUUAUUGUCGCUCUCAUCUUCCACACUACAUGGUGCCGUCCAAGUUUAUUCUUAUGGAACGAUUUCCUUUGAAUGUAAAUGGAAAACUAGAUCGCCAUCGUCUUCCAGCGCCUGAAUUUUCCUCAGUAACUAAAAGCCAUCAUGAUGACGUACCACUCACUCCACUAGAGCAGCAACUACAGGACAUUUUUAGUCAAGCUUUUCAAUUAAAAGCUCCAAAUGUUGAAGCUGCUUUCGGUCAACUCGGAGGUACAUCGUUAAAUGCAAUGCUUGCUCUAACACUUAUUCGUCAACAAAUAUCUACUAAAGUUGAUAUUAGUCUAAUAUUUGCUAAUCCAUCUAUCCGACAAUUGGCUCGAGCAAUCGAGUCAUCUGUGCUUAUUGAGAAAUCAUCAUAUACACCUCUCACAAUGAAACAGGAACAAGAAACAACUGUGCACCUUGAGCCAUCAUUACUUAUAGAAUCUGUAGGAACUAUAGUUCUCAUUUGUCAAUGGCUGUGGCCAAUCAUAAUACUGGGUCAACGGUGUUCAUCUCUUCUCGUCACCGUACCUCUAAUUCAUCUGAUGUUCUAUGCUAUUUGCUCAAAUCUACUCUCAUCGAAAAUUGAGAAAACCGAUAAUAUGUUCUCAUCGAGUUAUUAUCGAUGGUGGUUUUUGGAACGUCUCUGGAGUAACAAUACAUAUUGGCUACGAUACUUGAUUGGAACACCAUUUUACAAUUAUUAUCUGCGCCUUUGUGGCGCUCGAAUUGGUCUUGGCACACAUAUUUACACAACAAUUAUCGAUGCUCCAUGGUUAUUAGAUAUUGACAAUGGAGUUUGGAUUGCUGAUUAUACUUGUCUGAAUUGUUUAUCAUUCAAUGUUCGCGACAUUUUUCAACUCCAUUCAAUAAAAAUAGGUUCUGGUUGCUCGAUUGGUACACGAUCGAUUUUGUUUGAUGGAGUCGAUAUGCAAGAAAAUAUUAUAGCUCAACCAAUGUCACGAAUUACAGGUUUUAUUGCAUCUCAAACGGUAAUCGAUGGCGAUGAACAUAAAUCUCUCUCAUCGGACACAUUCAUUACAGACUGUAAUAGACCACUAUCAAUAUGGCAAAAAAUCUACCAAGCUAUUGCACUCUUCUUAUUGAUCUGUAUUCAUUCGAUACUUUUAAUCAUUUUCUAUAAAAUGCAUGCAUUCAUACAAUUACCACUACCCGUAGGAAUUGCAUUUUGUUGGGUCCUAUGGUCAAUUAGUAGUUUUUCGAUUUGUUUGAUUCUCCUCAAAUUUGUUGUAGGUUCUUGUAGUGCAAAUGAAACAUACUCAAUUGCAUCAUGGAAAUACUUACAUAAAUUGUGGCUUCGUCAGUUAAUAGUCUCAAGUUUUUAUCAUGCAUUGUUACUACCAGCUAGUUAUGAUUACAUAUACCCUUGUGUUCUGCGUUGGUUAAAUGCACACGUUGGAGAUAAUGUCAAAAUAAGUGAAAUAGAUACUUUUCUGUCCUUUCCAACAAACUUAUUAAAAAUUGAAACGGGAGUUACUACAUUUGGUUCAGUCUUAAUGGUUCCUACUGAAUUGGCAAUGUCAGGAUACCAUCGUGUAGAUUGCAUAACGCUUGGAACCUAUACAAAUUUUGGUAAUGGAUGCUCGAUUUUACCAGGAAGCCAUCUUGCAUCAGAAUCAAUGGUUGGUAAUUUAACACGUGUCUCUCGAGAAACAGAUUAUAAUGAGGGAAAGAUUCUUAUCGGUGUUCCAGCUCGUUCAAUGCCAUUUUCAAUGCCACCAAGAUCCGAUACGAUGGAUCAGAUUGAAGUCAUCCCAUUUUGGCAUACAUGUCUUACCCUUUGUAUCAGCAAAUGUAUUCUUUUGUGGAUUUACUUGACAGUGGGUCUCAUUGGUGGACCAAUAAUCCACACAACACUUGUUUGUUGUUUCUAUCGUUGGCGCUCAUAUGUACGUAAUCAAACGUUGAAACAUGUGUUAAUAAAAUUGUGGAGAGAUCAUCAACUUUUUAUCUGUUCAUUUCUCGGUAACUCACAAUGGUUAGUUCAGGUAUUUCGAGCAUUUGGCGCACAUAUUGGCAAGAAUGUAAUAUUACCAGACUUUUCCUGUCUCACUGAUUAUGACUUAGUAAGCAUUGGCGAUAAUGUUCGAUUUAAUACCUAUGCCAGUAUUCAGUGUCACAGUUUUGAACAACGAAUUCAUAAACUAGCCAAUGUCACCAUAGGCGAUGGAUCAGUGCUCAUGAGUGGUUCAUUUGUAUUAGCCGGCUGCAAACUGAUGGGUAAUAAUAGACUCUAUCCAUAUACAAUGGUGAUGAAAAAUGAUCAACUGCCACUAAACACCAAUUGGAAAGGAGUUCCAGCAAGAUAUGUAUCUGAAAAUGCACACACAACUUCGUCUGUAAUAGUUAGUGAUAAUUCCAUUGAACACGAACAAACAUAUGAAAAAUCUGAUGAAUUAACCAUGCGGUACGAAUGGAUUGCAAGCACUUAUGCCAACACCGAUGAUGUACAAUUUAUGAAUUGCGGUUACGCAGAUUUAGAUCAGAAUGGAGAUAAUAAAACUGCUAACUAUUCGACAAAACUUUAUGAACAAAUUCUUGCCAAUUUACCGCUUAAAAAUAUGAGUGUACUUGAACUGAGCUGUGGUAUAGGUAAUGGUGCUGCCUGGUAUGCUAGCACACAUGCACCUCGCUCUUAUAUUGGAAUGGAUCGCUCUCGUGCGUUUAUUGACCUGUGUAAACGAACCCAUUCAGCAAUUCCUAGACUUUCUUUCAUACAAGCUGAUGCAACAAAACAUUUACCAUUUGAAAAUGAAUCAAUGGAUAUAGUUUUCUGUGUUGAAGCAACACAUGCUUACGGUGGACCGGCAGUAAUCAAAAAUUUUGCCGCUGAAGUUGCUCGUGUACUACGUCCCAAUGGUUGCUUUUUGUGGUGUGACUUGUGUGAUAUGGAUGGAUCACGUGCGUCAAUCACUCAUCUGACAUCAAACGGAGAAUUCAUUGUCGAACAAGAGAUCAAUAUUACACCUAAUGUUUUGCAUGCACUUGACAUACAGAGCAAGUCUCGCGCUAACAUCAUCGAACGCAUUGUGCGACCUAUAGAACAAGACGAUUUUCACCAGUUAGCUGGAAUACCCGGCACUAAAAUUUAUGAGGACAUGCGUGAAGGACGCACUCAGUACUGGCGAGUAGUAUUGCGCAAGAAAACAAGUAGUUGA